AAAAGAAAAUAUGGGCAAUUCAGAGUCAAUAGCAACAAGAGUUACGGAAGGGAAGGUUCGGUUUACCGUGAACGGGAAGGUUUGUGAGGUCGGAUCUGAGACUCCUCCUGAAACUAAACUGGUUUCGUAUCUCCGGGAAACUCUGUUGUUGACCGGAACCAAGCUGAGCUGCGGAGAAGGAGGAUGUGGGACGUGUAUAGUGACGGUCAGCUAUCUCAACCCGGGAACAGGAAUGCCGGUCACUAGACCGGUCAACUCGUGCUUAACCAGAGUAUUGAGCUGUGAUGGUUGGGAGAUAUCUACUAUAGAGCAUCUUGGAAGCAAAAGAAAGGGUUUACAUCCUCUCCAGUCUACGUUGGCAGCGUUCAAUGGAACCCAAUGUGGAUUCUGUAGUCCUGGGAUGAUAAUGACUGUUAACAGUGUACUUCGAGAGAACGAGUCUCCGAGCAUGGAAACUCUGGAGAAAAGUAUUGAUGGAAACAUAUGUCGAUGCACUGGUUACAGACCUAUCCUGGAUGCAUUCAAAUCCUUUGCCGGUACUCCUGGGACCAGUUGUUCAGGAGACCCGGAUACUAAGGACAUUGUUCCAGAUAUAGAAGAUAUAGGUUGGGUUUGUCCUCAAAAGAAUAACUUCAACCCAUCUCCGGAUGAAGUUUACAUAGAGACCAGUUCUGGUCGCUGGUAUAGUCCUAACAACUUGGAGAACCUUCUCUCCGUCCUGAAACUGGUUCCGGAAGAGUAUUAUACCCUGGUAGCUGGGAGUACUGGACCCGGAGUAUACAAGGACGAUAAUUUUCUUGUCCAACAUUUUAUAGAUGUUUCUAAGAUUGUUGAACUUCGGUCUCAUGCAGAGUCUCCGCUAGAGCUCGGCGGAGGGAUAACAAUACACGAUUCUAUAUCUAUAUUAAGAAAGGUGAGUAGAUUGUAUCCUGAGAAGUAUGGGUAUACAGAACAGGUUGCAGAACACCUGGAGAAGGUUGCAAACCUUGCCGUUAGAUCAGUUGGAACCCUGGCAGGGAACCUAGAGCUCAAACGGAGACAUAGAUCCUUCCCGUCGGACGUUUUUACUCUUCUAGAGACAGUGGGAGCAAGUAUUGAGGUUGUAUCACCAACCUCCAAGGUUUCGUGCUCUCCAUCUGAGUAUCUGGAAAUCCAACAGUCCAAACAGGUUAUUGUGAAAAUACGGUUUCCUGCUCUCUCAGAGAAAUGUCAUUUUCAGUCCUACAAGAUCAGCUCUCGAAAGGUUAAUGCACAUGCGUAUAUUUCUGCAGGAUUCCUUGCAAAAACUGAACCUGGAACCUUUAUGCUGCUUGAUAAACCUAAUCUCGUGUUUACCGGAGUAUCCGGAGAUUUAAUCCGAGCAGUAGAAACAGAGAAACUCCUGGAGAACCAGGAUUUGUCUGAUCAGGCUGUUCUAGAUUCAGCUCUCAAAUCUCUGGGUUCAGAGAUAACUCCGGAUCCUGAUCCCAGAAGUUCGGAUCCAGCUUUUAGAGUUGGUUUAGUUCAGGCUUUAUUCUACAGGUUCGUUCUGAAUCUUCUGGGCGACAAGGUUCCAUCCAACCUGAGAUCAGGCGUUCAACCUCUUCAGAGAGGAGUUAGUCACGGUGUUCAGGAGUUUGAAACUGAUCCCUCUCUUUAUCCGAUAAAUAAACCGGUUCAGAAACUGGAGGCAGAAUCUCAGUGCUCAGGAGAAGCUGAAUAUACUGGAGACAAACCAGUUUUCCACAACCAACUCUACGCAGCAUUUGUUCUAUCUACACAGGCAAACUGUGACUUAGAAAGCGUAGAUCCCUCUGCUGCUCUGGAUCUACCUGGAGUUGUUGGGUUUAUGAGCCAGGAAGAUAUCUCAGGAGACAAUAAUUUCUCCCAAACCAAACCCUGGAAGGAAGAGAUAUUUGCAACUAAAAAAGUUCUGUACGCAGGACAAGCUGUAGGAUUACUAGUUGCAGAGAAUGAAGAGGUUGCAAGAAAAGCUUCCAAGUUGGUCAAGAUAUCGUACACAAAUAUCCAGGAACCAGUUCUCACUUUACAGGAGGCAAUCAAGCACCCUGAGAAAAUAGAACCUACCGGAGAUCCUAUAGUAGAAGGGGAUGUGGAGAAGGAGCUGAAAGGUUCUGUUAAGACUGUGUCUGGAGAAUUUGAGAUUGGAUCCCAGUAUCCCUUCCAUCUGGAGACUCAGAUCUGCAUAUCUGUUCCUAAAGAGGACGGGUUCGAUAUCUACUGUUCAACCCAGGACAUUGACAAGGUUCAGACUACAGUUGCAUCUGUACUAGGAGUUCAGCUCAAGGAUAUAAAUAUCAGUGUCAAGAGGUUAGGAGGAGCUUUUGGAGCCAAGAUUAGUAGACCUAAUCAGAUAGCUGCUGCCUGUGCACUUGCGUCCAAGAAGUUUAAUAGGCCGGUCAAACUCCAGCUGGACUUGAAGACAAACAUGGAGAUGAUAGGGAAACGGCUGCCCUUCCUCGCUAGGUACAAGGUUGGAGUAGAUGACUCUGGAACCCUGACAGGGGUUCAGAUUAAUAUCUUUUGUGACUCUGGAUCCUCGCACAAUGAAUUUACAGCUGACGCAGCAGUUUUCUUUGCAAAACUCUGUUAUCAAGCAAAGGCCUGGAAUCUGGUUCCACAAAGUGCACUCACCAAUACUCCCUCAAAUACUUACAUCCGGGCUCCAGGAACUACUCAGGGUCACGCUAUCAUGGAGAAUAUCAUGGAACACCUGGCAGCUGAGACAGGGACGGAUCCAUUGGAACUCCGACUCCACAAUAUACCUGAGGAUCCAAGCUAUGAUUCAUUACGAGAAAUUAUCAAGAAACUUCGAGAAUCCUCCGAAUAUGACCUGAAAAAACAACAAGUUUUGGAUUUCAAUCAGAAUAAUCGAUGGAAGAAGAAAGGACUCUCCUUGGUUCCUAUAAACUACCGCCACGACUACUAUGGAUCAAGAUUCAACGUUCUUAUCUCCGUGUAUAGGAGGGACGGAUCAGUUGCAGUAUCUCAUGGUGGGAUAGAGAUGGGACAAGGAAUUAAUACCAAGGUUUGCCAGGUGGUUGCGAAGGAGCUAGGUAUAUCGAUGGAGAUGGUUUCAAUUAAACCAACGGAUUCCUUUACAAACCCGAACGCUUCUCUGACAGGAGGAAGUAUGGGCUCCGAGUGCAAUUGCUCGGCUGCUCUGAUAGCCUGCCAGAAACUAAAGGAGCAGAUGAAACCUAUAGCGGAGAAGUUAAAGAAUCCAACCUGGCUAGAGCUCGUUACUGAAUGUUACAAUCAAGGAGUGGAUCUUAGCGCUAGACAUAUGGGACACUCGAGCAAGGACGGUCUAAUUGGAUACAACAUUUGGGCAGCUGUUUUAACUCAAGUUGAGGUGGAUGUGUUGACCGGAGAGAUGAAUAUAGAAAGUUGUAAUCUUAUAGAGGAUACAGGAACAUCAAUAUCUCCUGAUGUUGAUGUAGGACAAGUAGAAGGAGGACUUAUAAUGGGCCUAGGACUCUGGACCUCGGAGCAGAUUCGGUAUGAUAAAAAGACAGGACGGUUGCUGGAUAACUCCAGCUGGGAAUACAAAGUGCCAAGUGCUAUGGAUAUCCCGGAGAAGAUGAGGAUUGAGUUCUAUAACUCCGGACACAAUCCUGGUGGCGUUCUUGGUUCUAAAGCAACAGGAGAGCCGAGUGUUCUUGCUGGAGUCUCCGUCCUUACAGCCCUUCGCCAAGCAAUCCGUUCAGCCAGACAGGAUUCGAACCUACCAACUUGGUUCCAGUUCAAUGGACCUGCUACAGUUGAAGCUAUAAAACUAGGAUGCUCUGUAGAUGUAAAGAACAUGAAGCUACAGUAAUCAUCAAUCAAUCAUACUUUUAUUCUUCUUAAAAGUAUAAAAAAAAAACAUUUUUAUGUUAUUUGUAAACUGUUCCG